AUGCCAUGGCAGCCUUUUCAGGGAGCCAAUCUGAAGAUGGGAGGUCCAGCAGCCAAGAUGAGGAGGGUCCAAACACUGAGGGGGAGCCCUGAAGAUGAUGCCGAUUCCUUGCUCCACAAAGCACUGCAUUUGAAGACGAUGGAAAUGGUGGAGUUCCUGCUUCUGAAGUAUCGUGAAAAGGAGCCAGUCACAAAGGCAGAAAUGCUGAGUAGUGUCAUCAAAGAGCUCCAGGAUCACUUCCCUGAGAUCUUCAGCAAUGCCGCUGAGUUCAUGCAGGUGGUCUUUGGCAUUGAUGUGAAGGAAGUGGACCACAGUACCCACAUCUAUCUCCUGGUCACUACCUUGGGGCUCACCUAUGAUGGGAUGGUUAGCGAUGGGCACAGAUAUCCCAACACUGGUCUCCUGGUCACAGUUCUGAGAGUGAUUGCUGUGCACGAUGAUUGUGCCCCUGAGGAGAAAGUCUGGGAUGCACUGAAUAUUUUAGGGGUGCAUGAUGGGAAGGAGCAUUGGCUCUAUGGGGAGCCCAGGGAGCUCCUCACCAAAGUUUGGGUGCAGAAACAGUACCUGGUGUACCACCAGGUGCCCAAUAGUUAUCCUGCACGCUAUGAGUUCCUGUGGGGUCUCAGGGCCCACGCUGAGACCACCAUAUCGAAAGCCCUCGAGUUUAUGUUCAGUGGUAAUGACAGGGAUCCCCGUUCCCUCCCAUCCCUGCCUGAAGGGCCUGAGUGCAAUGAGGACCACUAUGCCUGAGCCAGAGUUGCAUCCAGGCAAAUUUCAGGCCCAUAUGCAUCAGUUUUUUUUUUUCAUCCUUUU